AUGAGCGACUUCGAUGUACGUCGGCGUGCGGCCAUGAGCGGUGGAGUGUGGCGUAUGGAAGGCGACGAAAAGUUUCGCGCUCUGCUACCAAUGUCGGCGGCUCGACCAAUUGUCAACCAAGCGACAGGCGAACGGAAAAGCAAUGAGCAGAAGUGUUUCGCCGCAGGGGGAGUGGUGGAAGUAUUGAAUAAUUCUUUAUCAUUGGCUCCUAGUUUGAUAUGGGCCUAUUGCACAAAAGUUAACAAUGGCAGUAAAGUUAAGUGUAAUUUAUGUCAUAAAGAGUUUAUAUUUAAUAAAAGCACAUCAACAAUGAUGAAGCACUUACAAUGUGCUCACAAGAUUGCUCCUCCGUCAAGUAAUGAAAAACAAACUCAGAAAAGAUUGAAUGAUAGUCACAAUGAUUUCGAAGUUCAGCCUAAAAAAGCUUUAGUCGCUGUCGAAUCAUCUGUUCCAUCGGUUGCUUUGGUACCUCAAACUAAAUCAUCUGUUCAAGAAAAUACCACAGUACAAUCUCAUGUCCAAUGUUGUAUGAACAAUGCUAAUUCUUUUUCAUCUGGUGGAUAUAGACAUGAUGAAGCUACCACAGCUCUUUUACGAAUGAUCGCAGUUGAUAAUAUGCCUCUGUGUACCACAGAAAGACCAGGAUUCAGAAAAUUUAUUAAAACACUACAACUAUUGCUAUGA